CUCGUCCGACACCCAGCGGCCAGAAGCGGCAGAGAGCGGACAGGGAGCCCGCUGCUGCCACCUCAACAUGGAGUAGCCUGAGCUCCAGCGGCUGCUGCCCGAGAAGCGGACCCCACGGAGAGGAGUGCGACGCGGCCUCAGCUGAGUUCCCCACCUCGUCCGGACGAGCCCCGCCGGUGCUCCAGCGGAGGACAUUUUUCUGCAAACGCGACGGGAAGCUCGGCUUUUAUUUGAAAAGAUGGCGAACGACUCUCCGGCUAAAAGUCUAGUUGACAUAGACUUGGCUUCCCUGCGGGAUCCAGCUGGGAUAUUCGAAUUGGUGGAGGUGGUUGGAAAUGGCACCUAUGGACAAGUAUACAAGGGACGACACGUCAAGACUGGACAGCUGGCUGCCAUCAAGGUCAUGGACGUCACCGAGGAUGAAGAGGAGGAAAUUAAACUGGAGAUCAAUAUGCUGAAGAAGUAUUCCCACCACAGAAACAUAGCAACCUAUUAUGGCGCUUUCAUUAAGAAGAGCCCCCCAGGACACGACGACCAGCUAUGGCUGGUGAUGGAGUUCUGCGGAGCUGGUUCCAUUACAGACCUGGUGAAGAACACCAAGGGGAACCAGCUGAAGGAAGACUGGAUCGGUUACAUCUCCAGAGAGAUCCUCAGAGGUCUGGCCCACUUACACGCCCACCACGUCAUCCACCGCGACAUCAAGGGCCAGAACGUCCUGCUCACCGAGAACGCAGAAGUCAAACUAGUGGACUUCGGUGUGAGUGCUCAGCUGGAUCGGACCGUGGGCCGGAGGAACACCUUCAUCGGGACUCCUUAUUGGAUGGCCCCUGAGGUCAUCGCUUGUGAUGAAAACCCUGAUGCUACAUAUGAUUACAGAAGUGAUCUGUGGUCUUGUGGUAUCACAGCUAUUGAAAUGGCUGAAGGAGCACCACCACUCUGCGACAUGCAUCCCAUGCGUGCGCUCUUCCUCAUUCCAAGAAACCCUCCUCCCAGGCUCAAAUCUAAAAAAUGGUCCAAGAAGUUUUUCAGUUUCAUCGAGGGGUGCCUGGUGAAGAACUACACCCAGCGCCCGCCGACGGAGCAGCUGCUCAAGCAUCCCUUCAUCCGAGACCAGCCCAACGAGAGGCAGGUCCGCAUACAACUCAAAGACCACAUCGACCGGACCAAGAAGAAGAGGGGAGAGAAAGAUGAGACCGAGUAUGAGUACAGUGGCAGCGAGGAGGAGGAAGAGGACCCCCCCGAGCAAGAGGGAGAACCCAGCUCCAUUGUCAAUCAGCCAGGGGAGUCAACUCUGCGCCGCGACUUCAUCCGCCUGCAGCAGGAGAACAAAGAGCGGUCCGAGGCGCUCCGCCGCCAGCAGCACCUCCAGGAGCAGCAGCUCCGCGAGCAAGAGGAGUACAAGCGCCAGCUAUUGGCCGAGAGGCAGAAACGCAUUGAGCAACAGAAGGAGCAGAGGAGGCGGCUGGAGGAGCAACAACGUCGUGAACGGGAGAUGAGGAGGCAACAGGAGCGUGAGCAGCGUCGCCGCGAGCAGGAGGACAAGAGGCGUGUUGAGGAGAUGGAUCGUAGACGCAAAGAAGAGGAGGAGCGCCGGCGGUCCGACGACGAGAAGAGAAGGAACGAUCGUGAACAGGAGUACAUCCGGCGCCAGCUGGAGGAGGAGCAGAGGCACCUGGAGAUGCUACAGGAGCAGCUGCUGCGUGAACAGGCCAUGCUGCUGGAGUUCAAGUGGCGAGAGCUCGAGGAGCAGCGCAAGGCCGAACGACUCCAUAAGCGCCUGCAGCAGGAGCAAGCCUACCUGCUGUCACUCCAGCACGAGUCCAAACCGCAGCCUGGCGACAAGACCAAGCUCUCCUCAGACCAUAGCAAACCCCCACAGACCUCCACCCUGCCCCCCGACAGAGCCCUCACAAUAACCCCACAAGCACAGGUCCUCGACAGUGCAGUUACUGUAGAGGGAGGCGCUCCCGGGUCCCCCAGAACCCCUCAGACCGUCCCCCCAGACAGCGCUAGGCCCCAGGCAGCAGCGCCAGACAAGACUGACAAAGCUGAGACGUGUCCCGACCCGCUCCAGAACUCCCCAAUCUCCCCAAGCCCCAGCCUCUCUCAGAGCGAACCCCCAACUGAUUCCCAACCUCCCGAGGCAGAGAGUUCGGAGACUGAUAGGCCUGCCAAGCCUGUCAGUCAUCCUCCGCAGCCUAUCAGAGAGGCUGACGAGCGGUACCGUAAGAACAUUCAGGGCUCACCUCAGACCGCCCCUCCUCCCAAGCAGCCCCCCCUGCCUCCCCGCUCCUCUGAACCAUUCUCCAAUGGCGGCUCCUCCGCCGAAGCCUCUGCCAUGCACCGGCCCAUGGAGCCCCAGGUCCUGUGGUCCCACCUGGCUGCUCUAAAAAGUAGCAACAGCGCCGCCCCCUCUCCUCCUCCUCCUCCUCCGGUCAUUCGCUCCCAGUCCUUCAGCGAGCCCGGCGGCGUGAACUCUAGCUUUGCACAACUCCACCUGCGCUCCCAGGACCCCCACCAUCACCACCACCCAUCAUCGCACGCACGCACUGACCCCCAACCUCCCCUCCAACUCCCCCAGGGCCAGACUAGGGCAGAGCACCAGGCCAGCGGCGAGGAGGUGCCUCCCAAGGUACCAGUGAGGACAACAUCCAGGUCUCCAGUGCUGUCACGCAGAGAGUCUCCUUUGCCAUCACAGCCUGGCAACCAGGGUGGACAGAGGAGUGCUGGCAGUAACGUGGAGCAGCGCCCGCUGUGGGACCGGGUGGAGAAGCUUCAGCCCCGGCCGGGCAGUGGCAGCUCCUCCGGCUCCUCCAACUCCAGCUCGCAGGCCAGCUCCGGGGACCGCUUCAGGCCACGCUGUGAGUCCCCUGCUUCCUCCAAAUCUGAAGGGUCUCCUCUCCAGCGACCUGAAAACGUUCCCAAGAAGCAAGAUGAAAAGAACCUCGCAAGACCCACUCGACCAGCCGACCUGACUGCUCUGGCCAAAGAGCUCCGUGCGGUAGACGAUGUGCGGCCCCCCCACAAGGUCACCGACUACUCCUCCUCAAGCGAGGAUUCAGGCACCACUGAUGAGGACGACGACGAGGAGGUGGACCAGGAGGCUGGAGAGGAGUCCACCUCCGGGACCGAGGACUCCAAAGCUGGAUAUUCCCAUGGCUUCCGCAGGAGAAUGAGCAACGGGGAGACAGAGUCCACUAAGACCAUGCUGCUUGAAGACUCCGAGAGCGACCAGGCAAACACGCCCUCCAAGGACGGCACGCUGGUCAUCAGACAGAGCACCGCUGACAUAAAGCGGUUGGUCAAUCUCUCAUCCUCCUCUUCCUCCUCUUCCUCGGCUGGCUCUGGUCAUGGCCCCGGCCAGACCCCCAUCCACGGGCCGCCAGAGAAAAACGGCUUUGCCGGCCGCAUUCACCACCUGCCAGAUCUUAUCCAGCAGAGCCAUCACCCCUCUUCCUCCUCCACAACCAUCCCUUCCUCCUCCUCCUCCUCCUUCCCCUCCUUCCCUUCCUUCCCCUCAUCAUCUAGCCAUGCCAGUCCUGCCAUGUCCCCACAGAACCCCCUGGACCAGUUCACUGCCAUAGAGUCCCAGUCAGAGAGCAACUCCAUGUCCAAACACAAGUCUUCCUCCUCCUUCACUCCCUUCAUCGACCCGCGCCUUCUCCAGAUCUCCCCAUCCAGCGGCAGCUCCCUCAACAACAUGGCUGCAUUUGGUCUGGACGGACGCCUGGUGGACCCGCUGAAGGCCGACCCGUCCCGUAAGGGCUCGGUGGUCAACGUCAACCCAGUGAACACGCGCCCGCCGAGCGACACGCCAGAGAUUCGCAAGUACAAGAAGAGGUUUAACUCUGAGAUCCUGUGUGCUGCUCUCUGGGGGGUGAACCUGCUGGUGGGGACGGAGAGCGGUCUGAUGCUGCUGGACCGCAGCGGUCAGGGGAAGGUUUACCCUCUGAUCAACAGACGACGCAUCCAACAGAUGGAUGUGCUGGAGGGACUCAAUGUCCUGGUCACCAUAUCAGGUAAAAAGAACAAGCUGCGUGUGUAUUACCUGUCGUGGCUCAGGAACAAGAUCCUGCACAACGACCCUGAGGUGGAGAAGAAGCAGGGCUGGGUCAAUGUGGGCGACCUGGAAGGCUGCGUCCACUACAAAGUCGUGAAGUAUGAGAGGAUUAAAUUCUUGGUGCUGGCCUUGAAGAAUGCUGUGGAGGUGUACGCCUGGGCGCCCAAGCCCUACCACAAAUUCAUGGCCUUUAAGUCUUUUGGGGACCUGGUGCACAGGCCUCUGCUGGUGGACCUGACGGUGGAGGAGGGUCAGAGGUUAAAGGUCAUCUACGGCUCCUGCUCAGGCUUCCAUGCUGUGGAUGUGGACUCCGGUGCCGUCUACGACAUCUACCUGCCCACACAUAUCCAGACCAGCAUUCAGUGCCACGCCAUCAUCAUCUUGCCCAACACCGACGGCAUCGAGCUGCUGGUGUGUUACGAGGACGAGGGCGUCUACGUCAACACGUACGGGCGCAUCACCAAGGACGUGGUGCUGCAGUGGGGAGAAAUGCCAACUUCAGUGGCCUACAUUAGGUCAAACCAGAUCAUGGGCUGGGGCGAGAAGGCCAUAGAGAUCCGCUCUGUGGAGACGGGCCACCUGGACGGGGUCUUCAUGCACAAGAGAGCUCAGAGACUCAAGUUCCUCUGUGAACGGAACGACAAGGUCUUCUUCGCCUCUGUGCGCCAAGGAGGGGCCAGCCAGGUGUACUUCAUGACCCUGGGACGCACCUCCCUCAUGAGCUGGUAGCCGUCACCCCUCCCCACACACACACACACACCCCACAGCGCCAGCCGACAAGGUGACCAUUACCAAGCAGCGACCAACAGACAACGAUUGUGACUAUGACCGAUGAAGAAGAGAGCAGCCUCGAGCCUGAGCCGGAGAAGCAUCUCUGCGGAGGGGGAGAAGGUUUUGCUCUCGUCUGCUCGGGGCAAACAAACAACGGAUUGGCCUAUAAUCAUGAAAAGAAGCGAGGGAUGGGGUGUGUGUUUGUGUGUGUGUGUGUGGAGGAUCCUUCUGUCUCUGUCCUAGUGUCCGUAAACUGUAUUACGCCGACAGAACCCCCACCCCCCACACCAGCCUCCAGCUUCUCCUCACCCCAUCUCCACCCACUCCUCCCCCUCUUCCUCUGCGGGACGUCAGCUCUGUCGCCUGUCGAUGGCGAUUGAUGAAACCUGUUAUGUGUCAUAGUAAAACUUUGCAUUGUGUGUGUGUGUGUGAACGGAGGCAACACUGAGCAUGUGAAUGACUGACAAUGUGUGCGUUUGACUGAAGGGACCCGUUAAAGAGGCUAAACGCGACCGCCGGUGUAGUUUUGAAGCCACAGCCUCGAUCUCCGCCGUACGUGGCUGCGCUUAGUCCAAGGUCCUAUUCGGGUUAGAAACAAACUCCUAUUCCCUCCGUGAUAGAUUUCCACGUCAAGCAUGUCACGAAAACACACUCGUUCACAGUCACCGAUUUACUAUCGUAAAAAGAUGCUUGACUUGUAAAUCUGCCUGCGUCUUCACUUUUUUGCCUUCUCCUCCUUAAAGUGAAGAUUUUUUAAGGGACCUUCUUGAUGUAUCCAUUAAACACAGGGUACUGGAUUAUCAGCGUGUACAUACUAACGACAUCGACCUCCCCCGGGUUUAACCAACACUUUCUCAACUUUUACCACAUUGCCUCAAACGUACUGUAGGUUAUGUCGGGACGGAAGUAGCCCUUGUUUCUGAUGGCAUGUUGCUUUGGUGUUAUUAACUAAAUUAGCCCCUGUUUUUAAUACACUGUAUAUUUUCUAUGUGACUCGCUGCACAUACAUGAAGCAUAAGAACACACCUGUAGAUGAGUUUUAAAGGAAGAGUUCACCUUGUUCAUCGUCCUCUGUGGUAUUUUUCAGGGCUUUCCAGACCCAGAAAUGUGACGUCGUCGGGUGGAAUUAUUUUCCUUUAACACCAGACAUUAGUAGGGCUAGGAUAAACUGUGAAUUAGACAUGCAGGAUUAGCAGGUGGCCGUUAACGUAGCAUGGACGCCAGCGGGCAGAAGUGGCGCUAAGGGAACGAAGGCAGCGUGCACAGGUGCCACUGAAGAGGGCAGAGGAGAAGCCUUGAACAUCACACUCCACAUCAAGGAGCGAUCAGGUCCACGAUCUCCACACUCUGUAUUAAAGUGCAGCUGAACGUUGCCUCGGAAAGGGGCUCAAGCCGAUUUAUAAACCCCAAACAUCCUCCGUGAACAGCCAAGACGUGUAGAUUUAGGGUCGGAAGUCUGAACCAGCCAUGUGAUUCACUAUUGGACCUCUUGUUUUUUAAAUUUUUUCAGUCAGUCUGGAUGGAAAAUAUCAAUUUAACCGGAGCGUCACUCCAUCCCUGAAAUGUAUUUUACUUCUUCAUUUUAUUUCUCUCCCUCACUCAUCCUCUAGAACCCGACGGUUUCAUUUCACCGUUAAAUUUGUCAGAUCAUCAUCCCGUGGCUCCUGCGUCUGUGUGACAUGAACAAAUGGGAUGAAUUUCACCUCCUUCAGGUCGACUCGACUCUGGGCUCCUGCUCCGAGGCCGGGUGGCGCCUUCACGCGGAACACAGGAACAAGAUGCUCUCACUUGUAAAAGCGAGGAGGGGAAGACAAAUCACACGUUCUAAAAGCAGUGUUACGAAACCACUUCAGACAACAAGAACCAAGCAGCAUAUUUUCUAACUUGGACUUAGUUUUUAAUCAUGUUUCUUGCGAUUUUUAUUAUGUAACCCUUCAGAUAAUUAUGCGACUGCAGUGGUUUUUAAAUUUUAAUGCAAUUAUGUUGGAAAUGUUUACAGAAGCAAUUGUUUUGUCAAACCAAUGUGCAUCGAUAUGAAUAUUUAUGGUUUAUUUCGAGGGCGGAGUUUUACCCUGUUUUUGUAUUUUGCAUUAUUCCCUUUUUGUACCAUCAAUUAGACCUUUUCUUUUGUGUGUGUGUACAGGAAUAAUUGACUUUUGCUCACGCUACGCAAGUCCAGAGUGUGAUUUUACUGAUUCCUCUACAUCCUGCUUAGUGCAGUGUGCCCCUGGCUGUGUGGCAGCGUGGACGGAAAAUGUUUUCCACCCGCCAGGUGACAUGUUUCCCCUCAAACGUCUCUCUGCCACGCCUCUCUAAUUUAUGUCCUCUCUGUGUGUACUAUGGGAAUUACUGUAUUUUCCUGAAGGUCUUUUUUUUUCCAUUGAAUAAAAUGAGAAGUAAUUUACA